AACGCGUCCAUGUUCUAUUAUAUACCUUCAUCGUGGUCUUUCUUGAUUCUCUCUGUUUAUUCCAUCAUCCAACUUUGAUACACCCCUGGAUCGUUGCUCGCCUGGAGCUCUCCCGUAUCUUCCUCUAAGGAGCCCCUCCAAGCUGACCGAGGCACUGCGGCCGGUAUCCAGCGCGAAGUCAUCAAUUAAAUUGCAAUCGAGAAAUGUCGUCCAAUUCAGGGCAGAUUUCAACUUCUUCCAAGGCCGUGAAUAUCCCAAAUUCGUCUUCCUCUGCGACAUUCCAUUCGACUCCUUCACCCAUUGACAGUGGCUACCAACGGCGCCCAGGGGGGUCCGGGAGCUUUGGAGCUGGACUGACAUCGAGGAGUACUCCUUCUGCCAGAAACAACCAGGGUCGGAAGAAUCAACACAAGCGGCAGAGACCUCGGCCGUUGGAUGAUGUUGAGUAUAGCGAGACUGCCGUCAUGAGGUCCGCAAAUAGUCGAAAGGGGCAGAGGUCCAUCACCCACUUGAUGAACUUUGCUCUUCCUCCUCGUCCGCAGUACCAUCCGCCGUCUCGGAGCCACCGCCAAUAUGCGUCCUGGGGACUGGGUUCGGGAUACCAUGCGAUGGAUAAGGCACGCUACGUUCAUGCAAACUACAGGUUUAUUGUGAAUCCGAUGAGGAAUUACCAUGCCCAGGCUGCCAACGCUGAUGUCCACCUGGACUGGGACUCUGUCCUACAGGUGCUGGUAUCUGCUCAAACGCAAUCCGCUAGCUGUCCGAUCUGCUUAUCUAUACCUGUGGCUCCUCGCAUGGCUAGGUGUGGCCACAUAUUUUGUCUUCCCUGUUUAAUCCGGUAUAUGCACUCAACCGAUGAUGAGAACUCAGUCCCCGGGAAGAAAGCCCGUUGUCAGAAGUGCCCCAUCUGCUGGGAUACUAUUUAUAUCUCUGAAACACGCCCAGUCCGAUGGUUCAGUGGCCAGGAAGGGGACUUGCCCGUCGAAGGUGGCGAUGUGGUGUUGAGAUUGGUGAAACGAGAACCUGGGAGCACCCUAGGUCUUCCUCGUGAUGGUGCCGAGGAUCUUGACCCUGACGAGGAUAUUCCAUGGUACCAUGCUGCUGAAGUGUCUGACUAUGCGCGUAUUAUGAAAGGGGGUGAGGAUUAUAUGACAUCCCAGUACGACGGGGAGAUCAAUGAUCUCCGUCGCCAAGAAUUCGAAGACGAGGUUCUCUUUGGAGAUGACACCACGUGGAUCCACAAAGCUAUCGCGGCAAUUACAGAUGCAAAGGAAAAGGUUAAGGGGAUUGGCAAUCCCCCUGAUGUUUCCCAGAAACCAGCGCCGAAGAAGCCGUUAAGGGAGCCCAUUGUAUUCGACGCUCCACCGGAUGAUGUUGCUCCAAUGUAUUCGUUGCAGCACGCCGCUAAGUCAGGGAAAGCCUCCUCUACGGAAUUAACCCCCCAAAGCAGCCAUGGCUCGGUAAGCUCAGGUGGUCAGCUUACGCCAGGGUCCUCUGAUGAGCUUGGGCAUCUGUCGGAGGGGGUGGGAAAUAUUCAGCUACAUUCUAAUUUGAAUACAAAAUCUAAACAAAGAGACCCUGGCACCGCUAAUACCGGCUUAGCACCCGAGCAGCCCAAGGGACCGCAGGGCUCUCAUACUUCAGAUCAGCCGUAUUAUUUCUACCAAGCCCUUCCCCAGUUCUACCUGUCUUCUCUAGAUAUUCGCAUUCUGAAGGCUGCAUUUGGAGAUUACUCCUUGUUCCCAGCCACCAUCUUGCCUCGAGUUGAGCGCAUCUCGACUGGACAUGUUGUGGAUGAUGAACUCCGGAAACGUGUUAAGUACCUGGGCCAUCUUCCACAAGGGUGCGAAGUCAACUUUCUGGAAUGCGAUUGGAGAGACGUAGUGGUGCCGGAGGUCCUGGAGCAAUUUCGCGUGGAGAUUGAAAGGAGGAGAAGAAGAAACAGAGAGAAGGAGGCUCGUGAAGAAAAGGAUCGGAUCCGCGCUGAGAAAGAAGAGGAAGAGAAGCGCUGGGCUGCGGCUCGCCGGAAGAGGUCCAGCUUUGGUGCCAGCUCGGCCGAGCCACCCUUUACUGACAGUGACUUCCUACCGCUCUCAGGUGGUACAACGUCGAAUGACCUGCCGCUCGUCUAUGGCGAGCCGUCUUCGGCAUCCCUUAUGCAGCAGCCAUCAUCCCAAUUUGGGGCUCUAGCCUCCCCUUCGACUAGCCCUCCUGGUCCUCGUACCGUAUGGGGAACCACAGCGGUCACGCCGCUCUCCCAGGAAUCCGGUUCACAAAAGGUCGUUCACAACGAUGGAUGGCUACAGGGAUGGGAGGAGGAAUUGCUGGCCCAAAGAGAGAGCGAUUUGAUCGCCCAAUCGUCCGCGGACGGAAACAAUACUGGCGGGGCAAGAAAGAAGAAAAAUAAGAAGAUCACCCUUAUGUCGACAAACAUUCAGCGAGGGGCGUGAACUAGAACUUGAUGCAUUGGAAUUUUGCAGUUGUCCUUCUUUCCUCGUUUCUCUCCCUCACCCUGUCCUACUUUACUCUUAUUCGAUGGAGAGUCGCGUUAUGGUCUACAGCGUACAUUGGCAUGGGUAGGAGUCGAGGCGGUUUGCCAUUUGCGCAUUGUUUGCUAUAUAAGGAUUGCAUUUUGGGAGAUGCAUUUGGGAUAAUGGGUUCUCACUCUCACUUUGGAUAGGAGAUGUAUGGAUAGCAGACGACCUAUGAUGGUUGCCUGCCCUCAAUCAAACGAAAACUUGAGACAGCGAUAAUAAUAGAUAAAGAUAAAUGAUAUAAUGGAUAUGAUUGGCAUGCAUCAAGUAGGGCAGAAGGAUUCCGGCGACAUGCAAAGCUAGUAGCAAGGUGCGCUCACGUCCCUUCACUCGCUGCAGGCGACUGGAAAAGGAAGCAUAGCACAACGCCUGCCAGCCAUACGUCAAAGCUUCGCACCUGGAUAUAUCUGCAGUUGAUGAGAUUAUGAUAGAGCCAAGAUGCGUUUCUUGAUCAUUAUUAUUAAACUAUUAAUUAACAUUUUCAUCGCUGUCGAGGUUUGGCGGGGG